GUAGAACCCACGAGAUAUCAUUCUAAAUGAUCAUGAAUCUGCUCAGAUCUCUGUCGUGUCUUUUGAUUGAACGGUACCCAACAAAGAUAAUUCUCGUUUGCUGACGUUCCGGAUCGGCUACACAAAUCCUUCGCGAGUCGACGCUCCUCGGUGCAUCAUCAACCGUCCCAUCACCGCGGACCGCCACAGUUGACAGCGACAACGCGUCGAAGUCUCUACCACGUUCUGAAACGGGGUACCGUCAUCUUCUUCUUCAGCUGCUCCUUUUUCGGUUUUCUUUUGCUUUUUAUCUUGUGGGUGAAGGAGCUGAGAGAGCCGUUCCUGAAUGCUCCCCUGUUUUCUCUGGUGAUCCUCUGUUGCGGAAGCCCCUCCAUGGAUGCUAAUGGUGUGAAGCUUCCCUUACUGUCGAAGCCGCUUGAUUCAACUCCAACAGAUAAAAAGGAACCCAAGAGAAGGAGGUUUCGGCGCUGCAAAAGUGCUCCUCUUGCAGAGGGCAUUCCUCGUGAAGCGAAUCUCAAUGGCUCAAUCCAGUGUUCCGAGUCCGUACCAGGGUACCUCCACCCCAGUUUCAAAAGAGUUGCAAUACUCUUGGCGCUCUACAUAGGUUUUGGCACGGUGUGCUUCUACCUUGCGAAGAACGAGAUCGAUGGAGAAAAGACAAAUGACAUUCUUGAUGCAGUUUAUUUCUGUAUUGUGACAAUGACCACUGUUGGGUAUGGAGACCUUGUGCCAGGCAGCGCUCUGACAAAACUACUUGCUUGUGCUUUUGUCUUCUCGGGGAUGGCUCUUGUUGGCCUAAUUCUGAGCAAAGCGGCAGAUUACCUUGUAGAGAAGCAGGAAAUCAUGCUGUUCAAAGCCCUGCAUUUGCAUAACAAAGUUGGCCCCGCUGAAAUGCUAAAAGAAAUCGAAACCAACCGAGUGAGAUACAAGUGUGUCACAGCCUUUAUCCUUCUGCUGUUGCUCAUAGUUGCUGGAACAGCUUUCCUAGUUCUAGUCGAGCACCUGGACAUUGUUGACGCAUUCUACUGUGUGUGUUCUACCAUCACAACACUAGGAUACGGAGAUAAAAGUUUCUCAACCGAAGCAGGGCGUGUUUUUGCUGUGUUUUGGAUACUAACAAGUACGAUAUGUGUGGCUCAGUUUUUCCUCUACAUUGCUGAGCUAAACACGGAAAAUAGACGGAGGGCAUUGGUCAAAUGGGUUCUCUCUAGGAGAAUGACUCAUGUAGAUCUGGAGGCAGCUGAUCUUGAUGAUGAUGGGGUUGUCGACGCUGCUGAGUUCAUUAUAUAUAAGCUCAAGGAAAUGGGGAAGAUUAGUCAAGAAGAUAUAUCACUAAUUUUGGAGGAGUUUGAUGAUCUUGAUGUCGACCAAUCAGGAACUUUGUCCGUUUCUGAUACAACACUUGCCCAAUCGUCCUAAGCGGAACGUGAUUGCACCAUACUUGAGCGAUUAAUGACUUCUACAGUUGUGUAUAUCAUAUUGGAUUGUUGAUGUUAUGUGCAUAUGGUAGGUCCUUCAAUUAGGGUUCUUCUUUCAUGGUUUAGAAAAACUUCGCAACACUAGCUUUAUCAGGAAAAUGAGAGAUUUGGCUCGGAGCUGUUCAAGAUCCUACAGGCAUCUCUCGUGUGACAAUUUCCAUCACUGAAAAGAGUGAGAUGUUGAUGAUAAUCUCUAUUGCAGGAGUAGCAUUUAAUGGCAUUUGAGUAUGUUCUCUUAAUAAAGUAUACACCUCUCUCUUUAUUA